CGCAUCUUCUCUUUUUGUUUUCCCAUCAUAAAAAAAUCAAAUAAACUGAAGCUUUACACAUUAGCUAGGGCGUGAUUGAUCAGGUUCUUUGAGGUUCUUAUUUUUUUUGUGUGCGUGUGUGUGAGGUUUAUAUAUAGAUAGAUAGAGAGAGGGAUUUGGAGGGAAUUUGAAGUGAGAGAAUGAUGGCCUCAGGUGGUGCUACAGUUGCUUUGCCGCCGGGCUUUCGGUUUCACCCGACAGACGAAGAACUCGUCGCUUACUAUCUUAAACGAAAGAUCAAUGGCCGAAUUAUUGAACUUGAUGUCAUCCCUGAAGUUGAUCUCUACAAAUGUGAGCCCUGGGAGUUGCCAGGGAAGGCAUUGUUGGCCAGCAAAGACCUGGAGUGGUAUUUCUUCAGUCCUCGAGAUCGAAAAUACCCAAACGGGUCAAGGACGAACCGGGCAACGAAAGCCGGAUAUUGGAAGGCAACAGGGAAGGACAGGAAGGUAAAUUCAGAUAUGCGGGCGGUGGGGAUGAAGAAAACCCUAGUCUAUCACAGAGGGAGAGCUCCCCAUGGAGCUCGAACGGAUUGGAUCAUGCACGAAUACCGCUUAGAGGAAAGGGAAUGUGAAACCCGGUCGGGCUUGCAAGACGCCUAUGCGCUUUGCCGUGUGCUUAAGAGAAACAUAAAUGGCUCGGAAAUCGGAGAGAAUUACCCUAUCUCCGCCGCCGGUAGUGAAGGUCAGACGUCGAGCUCAGCCUACGCAAUGGCGACGCCAUCUUCAUCCAUGUCUGUCUCAAAUGACGGAUCUGGAAUCGGUUAUCCUGCAACGUUCCAGGAUCUCUUCGCGCUACCAUCUCUCGAAGUUCCAGAUUUCACUCAAUCGGGCUAUCUCCAGUCCCAGAUGCAGCAGCCGAGCUACGUUUCUGAAGACGUAAAUCAUCGAACAGUUGGUGCGCAUGACUGUAUAAACCAGAUAAACGCAUCAGAUUACAGUGACGAGUUCGCAUUCUUUCCUCAGAACGAGAGAUUUCAAAACACAGGUUCUUCUGGAUAUGUUAUGGAAGAAUGGCGGGGUGAUGAUAACCAAAAUAUUGAGGAAUUUGGAGAUGAAUUCAGUUGGGAUAGAAUGGGUGAGAACAUAAGAUGGGUAGAUAUGUUAGACCAAGAGACUUUGAGAAGGUAACAAAAUUGGACUAUACAACAUAUAUAGCCCAUUUUUCACUUCAAUCUAACAGUAAUAGGUUUUAUUGAUCAAGUGACCUGUACAGUUCUGCAAUACCCCUCCCCAAAAUUCUCAACUGUUACCUUCAUAAUUUGUAUUGUAAUUACACACAGGUAAUUCAACUUUAAAUUGAAU